UAGGUCUCUUUCUUGCUUGUGUUCCACGUCUUCAUCGUUGUCCUUUUGAAACAUCAGGAGGUGUUUGACUAAAAUCUUCAGAGAUGCCAGUUAAUGAUGUUAUCUUUUUGUAUUGUCUGAAUCUAUAACGGUCUUGUCUUUUUUGUCUUCAUCAUUGUUAAUACACACUACAGAUUGAAAAGUUUGUCAGAGCUUCCAUUUUGAAACCAUGGAAACGUCACAAGAGCUGAACUUUAUCAAUCCCUUAGCCUCUAAACACGAAGCAGAAGAUCCAAUCCUACGGCUAUCUUCUUCUUCCUCCUUCUCUUCUUGUUCUUCCAUAGAAGCAGAACCAAGACCUGAUGAUCAAUCUCCUCCAACACAAAUCAUGGAGAGAUCUACAAACAACGCAACCUCAACACCUCCUUACAGAAUCCCUCCACACGUUUUCGAAAUAACAACCUCUACAGCUCCAGCUGAAUGGAGCACUCUCUCCAACGAAUCUCUCUUCAGCAUCCACAUGGGAGACAAUACCUUCACUGAAGAAAUAGAUUACUUCAAAUCAGGCGAGCUCACCUUUCCUCAACCUCCUUCACCGAGAACUCCUGCUUUACCUUCUCCGCCUCAAAGCAAAAAACAAGGAGGAGCAAGUGGAGUUGUGGAGGAGAUCAAAACUCCGGUGGAUAUAGGCAAGAAAGCAGCUGAAACAGACAAAGCGUACCACGCAAGUAAAGACCAAGAACAAAAGGCUGCAGCAAGUAUUAGGGAUGUUAUCAUGGCUAAUAAAGACAAAACCAAUAAACUAGAUCAUUCGGUUUCUCGUCGUUCGGAAGAUUUUAGCGUCAAGUCUUUCGCUUUUCCAGUAUUCGGGAAUGCAGAUAAGGGCGGCUUGCAAGGAUCAACGCAACAAAAGAAACAGAAGAUUUUUUUAGAGGCUGAGGGAGAUGAAGGGUUGAAGAAAGAGGAAGCUUUUUCUAAACCUGUUACUCCUAAGGCAGAAGCUGAUCGUGGCUGUAAUCGCUACCCUAGAUGGUUAUCUUGCUUCCCUUGCUGCCCAACUUCAUGUGUCUAACUGAAAUAUCAUCAUACAAGUCUGUUCCAAGAUUUACAAAGUUUUUUCUUCUCUUUGAUUUGAUCCUCAAGACUCCUUUAUCUUGUAAAAAUGAUGUAAAAGUCAAUGACAAACAAUGGAUACA